UCUCCCCCUUCUCCCAAAGCUUUCAGGGUUCCUCUGCUUGAACUCCAUGAAUGUUAUUCCCAGGGCACGCUCCUUCAGCAAAUCCCUGAGCGAUGAGGAGAACCUGAAGCUCUUUGGGAAGUGCAACAAUCCAAAUGGCCACGGACACAACUACAAAGUUGUGGUCACCGUGCGUGGAGAGAUUGACCCAGUCUCGGGGAUGGUGAUGAACCUGACAGAGCUGAAGGAAUACAUGCAGUGUCCCCCCAGCCCAUCCUGGCUGCAAAGCCUGCUGUCACUUUGCCAUUUCAGCCAGCUCUGACCCUGCUCUGUUCCCCUCAGCACCACGGAGAACGUGGCCGUGUUCAUCUGGGACAGCCUCCAGAAGCUCCUGCCCCAGGGAAUCCUUUACAAGGUGGAAGUGCAGGAGACAGAGCAGAACGUGGUCGUUUACAAGGGAGAAGAGACAAUUGUCAAGUGAGAUCAGCCUCAGCUCAGCUGCUCAGGAGAAAUGCUCCAAAAUCAGCUCCGUGGAUUCCUGCUCCGAAUUUCCUGCAGCCAGCCCUGGGUUCUGUGUUCCAUCAGAUGUUUCACAAGGACCCUCAGACCCCUUCUGGGUUCUCAGAAUUCUGCUUUUCCUCAAGACCAUCCUGUUUUGCCAGCUGAUGUGAAAUUUAGAAUUGUGCCAGGGUAAAUAAAGCAGCUCUGGGGAGAGGAGGUGGCCUGGCAAAAUCACAAAAGUCUUUGAUUUCUCUCUGAUUAAAUACUGAAUUAAUUUAUAUUAUUAUUAGAUAAUGUGAGCUUUGGUGUUGCUUUGCUUCUUGGUCAAACAGAGAAGCAUUUUUGAGAGUCAGAACUACGAUAUCUUUUUUUCUUAUAAGUUUCUUUCCUGUGCUGCAGACACGUUUCUUCCUGUGACCAGCAAAUCUUUCUCUGUGUGUAGAACUGGUGUAGUGGGCAACAAAAAAAACCAAAAAAACCAUUUCUGAUCUAAACUGAA